AUGGCGUCGGAACACACGAUUACUCAAGCCCUUUUAGAAUGGAUCAACAGUUUCUCUCUCGGUAAAACGCUACGAUCUACCGAGGAAUUAAGCGACGGCACGAUACUUUGGGAAAUUCUGCAGGAUAUUGACCCUCAGUACUUUCUCAACGAAUUGCCCGAGCGGAAUACGUCCGAUCACUGGGUUGCGAAACUGGCCAACCUGAAACAUGUCCACAAGCAUCUGACCGGUUACCUGCGAAUGCAAACUGGCAAUCUGCCUUCUGGCUUGGACCCGUCUCCGGAUCUUCAAGCUAUUGCGGAAAAGAACUCGGUGAAGGAAACCAACAAGCUCCUGAAACUGCUUCUGAUCGCCGUCAUUCGCUCGCCAAACCCAGAGAGAUUCGUCAACCAAAUCCAGGAUUUGAGCCUACAGGCGCAGGAAGGGCUCAAGAUCGCAAUCGAGGAGUCAAACGGGGAAUUGAUCUCAAGUGAUGUCGAGGACGAAACCACCGAAGACACCAAGAAACAGGAUCUUUCGGUGGAUCUCGAGCUACAAUUUGAAGAACGAGUGGGAAAGGUGAUUGCGGAGAACGAUCGCUUGACGCAUGAAAAGAAGGAGUUGGAGAAAGCGCUGGAAGAUCUACACAACCGCCUAGCACGCCUCCAGGAAAACAAUGACACUCUGCAGAGCCGUCUUGCUUCAACGGAGGAUCGCUUGGUGACGCUGAAGUCCGGAAAAGGCGACAUCGGGGUCAGUGCAAAGGCAUUGGAGUCGAAGACGCGUCAGCAGGAGGAUUUGAUCGCAUCCCAGGAGGAGCGAAUCGCCGCGGCGCAGGAUGAGAUUGACAGCUUGCGCAUGACGGUGGAGUCACUACAUGUCAAGAAUCAGCGCUUCCAGAAAUUACAAGAUGACUAUGAUGAGCUCAAGACCGACAGGGACCAGCUUGCACGAAAAGCCAAUGCAGCGGAAAAAUACCGCCAAAAGCUGCAGGCCAGUCAGGAUUUUGAGAAAGAGAACCAGAGUCUGAAGAACCAGAUUAAGGACCUCCAGCAGCAACUAAAAGACGCAGACUCGCAGCAGAGAUGGUCAGCGGAGCGUGAAGUGGAACUUGAGGAAUAUCGCAGAGUCCUUCCACGCAUCGAGCAGGAAUGCAGCGAGAUUCAGAACCUGAAAAAGCAGCUUGAAUUUAACAAUCAUGCGCUUACGGAACGCCUCAGUAGUGCCGAAGAACAGCGCGAGAGAGAUGAUGCGCUGAUUAGUGAACUGAGAGAAAGGAUCCGCGAGCUUGAGGGCUCGCCGGGAAGUCCAUCGCUCACUCCAGGCGCCGAAACACCAAAGCGAGGCACAUUGCAAGAAGACUUUGAGGGCAUAGGUAUCCAGGAAUCGCAACUGUCAGUCCUUCCGACCAUCUUUGAAGAGGCUGAGCUGACCGACGGUAGUAAAGCGGAAAAUGACGAGUUGCGCAAGGAGGUCGAGUCACUAAAGGAACAGCCCUCUGUAAGUUGGCUCGAGGAAGAAUUGGGAAAGUUCGCUGCGGACGAUGCUGACGACGAAUCCCAGAUCGGUUCCCAAUUUGAGGGAUUCUCGGAGAAUUUCUCACAGAUUCAUCGGCUCGCUCAGGCCAAUUCCUCACAAGGGUAUGUUAUUGAACCUCUUUUCUCACCACGUACUCACGGAACGUUCAGUGACGAGUAUUGGAAACUAUACGAACACUACACGCAAGCACUUGGAAAACUUGCCGACGCUCAAGAUUCUCUUGAAAUUACCAAGAGGGCUCUGACAGACGCCAUGGCUGAGAGUGAGUUGUUCAUCUACUCUACGUACAAAACGUCCCGACAGUCUGCUUAUGAAACUGCAGUUGGACUUGCCGGCAAGGAGAAAGUAGACAUGAUUCACGAAGUCAAGGAGAGCAACUCAGCCGAAGUCGCCAAACUUCGUGCCGAAUGGGAUGAGUGUCAGCAUAGGAUACAUUUGCUCGAGGCUGAGCUUGACGCUAGUCAAGAGUUGGUCCGCGAAGUGUGUGCUGAACGAGAUGAGCUGCGCAGCUUGUUCGACAAAAAGCAAGUUGAAAUCCACGCGGAGGAUCAGGAAAUGUCCAAUGAGAUGAAGAGGCUGCUGGCCGAAUUGAUGGCCCAGGAGAACGGUGAUUCUGCAGAUGCUUCUCAGAAAUCUGGUCCAGAGCUCGCCAAAGAAGUUGCUGAGCUGAUUGAGAAGUACCUUGAAAAGCUUGCGAAGCGCGCAGAGGUCAGUAAAUUCUCUCCACUCCCUUCCAGUGGCGCCGGAACUACACAUUCUGGGAAAGGCUUCUCGGAGAGUUCAUUUACCGCUGCUGUAAAUGCUGGGUUGCGCGCCCAGCCACGGCGUGUACCUGACUUCGAGGCAAAGUACACCAAUAGGGAGAAUCCUACGAAGCCACUCAAGCGAGGUUACAUUCAUCAUCAAAAUGAGCACAUUAAAUUCCUGCAAGACCGCAUCAAGCAUUUCGAAGAAGACAAUGCUGCUGAUGGUAUUAGCAGGGAGCGCGAGCUCGAACUUCAGAAGGUCAUCGACAACCAGGCACGCGAAUUGGCUCUUAUCAGCUCUGCCUGGUAUGAUCUCCACGGCCGCUUACAAAGCAACAAUGUCACAGUGUCGAGAUUCCGCAACGGAGCCAAUAUGAGCGAAUUGCAGAAGGGCUGGCUGGGGAGACAAAGAAGUCUGGUAGCAGGUCGCUAG